AUGAUUUUGUUCUUAGUGGUUUGGUUAAUAGUGUUGCUUGUUUUAUUAUCGUGGUUCAAUUUGAUAUGGGAAGCAAAAACUUGUGACGUACCGGGACCGUUCCCUUGGCCAGUGAUUGGCAAUGGGCAUUAUUUAAUUGGUAAACCUACUGAGUUUUUAAAUAUACUGAAUCAAAUACAAGAGACUUAUGGUAAAUGUGUCCGAUUACAUCUUCUAUCCAGUAGAUACGUAAUUUUGUAUCACCCCGAUUUAAUUGAGGGUAUCGUCGCUCACUCCGAGAUAAUAACAAAAGGUCGAUCGUACGGAUUCCUCAAGGCUUGGCUUGGCGACGGACUUCUAACGUCAUCGGGUUCAAAAUGGAGAUCCCACCGCAAGUUCCUGACUCCGGCGUUCCACUUUAACAUUCUGCAGAACUUCCUGCCGGUGUUUUGCAAGAACGAAAAGAUCCUGAGGGACGUAUUAACAAAGUCUGCUGAUGGCGAGACUGACCUCAAUUUGUUCCCGGUUAUAGCUUUAGCCGCCUUGGACAACGUGACCGAAUCCAUAAUGGGCAUAUCAUUUAACGCUCAGAAAGAUCGCGAGUCAAAAUAUGUAAGAGCAAUCACCAAGCUCAGUUCAAUUGUCGCUAUGCGCAUGCGAAAUCCGUUCAUAGGCGACGAAACGGUGUUCGGCCUAACUACGUAUAAAAAAGAACAAAAAAGAGCUUUAGAGACCGUACACGGGCACACUAAGAAGGUGAUCGAGAUCCGGCGGGAGGAAUUGAAAAAGGCUAACAUCACCUCACUGGCCGGUAACGCCGACUUUGGCUUUAAGAACAAACAUGCAUUCCUUGAUCUGCUUCUACUUUCCGAAAUUGAUGGUGUCAAGAUAAGCGAUGAAAUGAUAAGGGAAGAAGUUGACACUUUCAUGUUUGAGGGCCACGACACGACAACAUCCGCCAUAUCGUUCAUACUCUUCUGUAUGUCGAGACACAAGGAAGUUCAAGAUAAAGUUUAUGCAGAACAAUUAAACAUCUUUGCCGACGAUUUGAAUAGAGAUCCAACGUACAGUGAACUACAUCAAAUGAAGUACUUAGAGCUGGUUAUCAAGGAAUCGCUACGAUUGUUCCCCUCGGUGCCUGUAAUAGAAAGGAUGGUUACAAAAGAUGCCGAUGUCGCCGGAUUGAGGUUGAAGAGGAACACGUCUGUGGUCAUUGACAUUUUCCACAUGCAACGUCUGCCGGAGUUCUACGAAGACCCGCUGGCGUUCAUACCGGAGAGGUUUGACUCGAAGACGCGCAAUCCCUUCAGCUGGCUCGCGUUCAGCGCUGGGCCCAGGAAUUGUAUCGGUCAGAAGUUUGCGAUGAUGGAGAUGAAAGUCACGCUCUCCGGCGUGAUCAGGAAAUUCGAGCUGUUGCCAUCAAAUAAGGAACCGGAGCUACUAGCUGAUCUCAUACUGAGGUCUGAAAACGGUGUACAUGUCAAACUCACGCCUAGGCAUUUGUUU